ACUGCUUGCACCUUAUAGGAGCAGCAGCUGAUCAGAACAGAGCAAUAUGGUGAGCAGUAUUAUAUGUGUAACAUCUUUUGGCUUGUUGCUUUGCAGUUUGUCAUCAUGACUGAAAACAAUAGACUAACCACGAUGAAAAGGACCUCUGCUGCUUAUUUGACUUUUUUGUCAGUUUUUUGCUUUUUCACACUGGGAUCUUCAGACUUUCACCAUAUUACUCUCACUGAGAACUACACACAAGCCAAGAGUUAUUGCAGAGAUAUGUACACUGAUUUAGCAACAAUUUACAACUUAGAAGAUAUGAAUAAUCUGGUUUCUUUAGCUUCAAAUAUAACUGAAAACACUUGGAUAGGACUGGAGAUCGGAGCUGUGUGGAUGUGGCAUUGGUCUUUGCCUGGUCAAUUAACAGAUUUUUUUAAGUGGAAAUCAGGAGAAGUAAUAACGAAUAAUCAAGAAGAAUGUGCAGCAUUGGAUCAAUUUGGUGGGUGGUUUGUCAGUGCCUGUGGAGUUCUAAGAAAGUUUGUUUGUCAAGGGACACAUACUGGUGAUUUCAUUUUUGUUAAUGAGUCCAAAUCGUGGUGGGAUGCUCAGAGUCAUUGCAGGGGCUUGCCAUCUGAUCUAGUUAGCAUACACUCUGAAGCAGAGAAUAUGGCAGUGCUCAACGUGUCUGCAUCACAAACUGUCUGGAUUGGGCUGUUCAAAGAUCCCUGGAAAUGGUCGGAUGGAAGUAACUCAUCUUUUCGUUUCUGGAGAGCUUCUCAGCCCAGCUAUCUUCCAAAUCAGGAUUGUGUUGCUGCAGUAUUUCAAGAUAAUGGGAAGUGGAAUAAGCAAAGCUGCAGUAACCAACUCAAUUUUGUUUGCCAUGGGGAAGGAAACAUGAUAUUAAUUCAAGAAAACAUGACAUGGAUUGAAGCUCUGAGUUACUGCAGGAAACAUUAUUUUGAUCUUGUUGACAUUAAGACCAAAAACAUACAGGACCAGGUUGCUCAAAAGGCAAAGAAUGCUACAUCAUCCUAUGUGUGGCUGGGUCUACGCUACACUGUUCAAUUUAAUUUUUGGUUCUGGAUUAGGUCAACGUCUAGCUGUUACCAGAACUGGUUACCAGGAGAAGGACCUCAAAGGGAUUAUGGCAGUGCUGUUAGUGGUGCCAUGGAGGCCACUGGGGGGCAGCAGUGGGUAGGUUUGCCCGAGACAGAAAAACUGAAUUUUAUCUGCAACACAUGUGCUGGAUGAAUGAGGGCCAGUGCCUCUUAAUGUAAUGCAAAUGUUAACAUUUUCAUUGUGCUGUAUGAAAAAAUUAACACAUUUUCCUAUACUGACAUGUGCACCCCUUGGUUUAAAAUUCAUGCUGUGUUCAGUUACACCAUCAAUCCAGUGAACCUUGGGGGCCGUGAUCCUGAUUGUUUCAAUGCUAAGUUAUGACAUCAUAUCUCUGUUGAAAUACAGCUGCCUCCUCUGUUGUUAAUAUUGAAUUUAAAUAGAUAUGAAAAUGUUUUUUAAUCUUUGCAUUUAAUGAAUAUGACAUUUUCUACAUGUGUCAUUUACAAGAGCAGGCAUCGUUUAAUCCCUCACCCAGCCGGCCGAACAAGAGGAAAAGAAAGUAAAUGGUAAAUGGCCUGUAUUUGUAUAGCGCUUUACUAGUCCCUAAGGACC